AUGGCUUUUUUGAAGAAGAAACUGUCCAAUGUGAACUACUCAUCGAAUAGAUCACGGUCUGGUUCAGCAGCAUCUUCCAACAAAGUGUCAUUGGGAUCACCGUCUACGCCUAAUAGCCCCGAUAUCAAGAUCCCUGAACUGCCCCCAAAAAUACCGCUCGAAAAUAGCGGCGGUGUCAAGAAUACUACUACUACUGCUGCUGCUUCUACUACCACUACGAAUCCUUUUGGCGAAAACCUGCAUCCUGGACAACAGCAGCCAGCAGGAAGUAAUGGUGAUUUCACUUUCGAAGACUUUUCAAAUCAUGAAAACCGUACCGUGGCUGGGGCAAGCACGGUGCAUCACUCAGGAAUACCAGAAACCGGGGUACAAACACCUUGGAAUUCUCGAAAAUCAUCGUCUACUGACAUUGGAAAUGGUAACAGGAACGGAAAUCACUCAUCUGGUAAGUUACUGUACUCUUGGGAUGUCACGAACCCUGAAGAAUGGUCCAUGCUUCGAGUUUUGUCGUGGCUCAAACUGAACGAUUUCGAUGCAUCAUGGAUGGCGUACUUUAGGAAACGUCAUCUGCAUGGCCACAGAUUUUUGAAAUUGAUGGCUUACGAUAACUUUGCUCAGCAUGAACCCAACCUUUCACAAACCAAAUUUGCGUCUUACCAGCGAUUUCAGUACAUUUUGAAAAGAACUUUGGAGCAAAACGUGGUAAAUGGUCAUAUUAGAACCCGAAGCGAUAAAUCUACAGGCUCUAGAAGUUCAAGCGAGUCUUUUAAGUUUCGAACCAAAAGAAAGGAGGACGAUGCUACCAAUAAUAGAGCAAUUUCGGAAUCAUCUGUCGCUGGUCACAAGAAAACAUCUUCUGAACUUUCCGAAGAACGAUCUUUACCUCCGCAAUACCGAAAUCACCAAAAAACUAAUAGUGCAAGCUCCGUAUACCGUCGCAGUUUGAUCUCUUUGCGUGGAAGUAGUUCUAGCGGGUCCCAGAAUAAAGUCGAUACUGCUAUCAACUUGAAAAUUCCUUCACGUCCUUCUUCCUCUCUCGACAACCCAAUCUCGUCAGAGCGGCAAGGCACACGUGUGUCGUCGUCCCCAUUGUCUCCAACAUACACAGGAAGGUUCCGCAAACAACAUAAAAGUAGCUCCUCGGAAUCAUCUAUCUUCAACACUUUGUUCGGCGGAAGUAAUGAGGCCGAAGGACAAUAUUUGGCGACAGAUUCGUCUGUUGGUAAACCGAAUACCCUCAAAAGUACGUCUUUGGAAAAUCUUCCUCUUGAUGUACCACCUGAGAGUCCUCUGAGCAUUACAAACUCGCGAAGGGCCCCGCCGGCGUCAGCGGACGAGAAGGGCAGCUUGUGGGAAAAACUGAAAAGAAAAUCUGUGCAACUAGACACCUCUUUGACUAAGAUUCCCACAUCAGAACAAGACACUGAGUCGGUGGGGACUAGGACUCUAGUGAACUCAAAAACUAAUGAAUCAGAAGAGCUCAGCUUGGAUAAUCUGAUGCUUGAACAAAAGUACUAUCCGAUCAAAAAUCCAGGAAAGUCCGACAAAUACAUUUUGAUCACUAAGGAUAAUAGGUCCUUCAUACCGAUAAAUGUUGGCAUCAUCACAAACUUGGACGAACUCAAAGACUCGAUGGCUCUUACGCUCGGUAUUCGGCACAACAGAUACACAAUUCAUCUUACCGAUUUUGGAUGCGAUAUGGGUUGUGCUAUUGACGACGAACUACUGGAGAAUAUGCGCAACAACUUAUUUCACAACAUUCCCAAAAAAUUCUUCAUCAAAGACCAGAUGACAAUCAAGCUUCGUCCUCGUCCGGUGAUCAAGAACAUGGUCGGAGAAACCACCGCCCCGAUUAAAACAGUAAAAAGCAAAGGAUCUGUGAAGUCUGCUAAUAGUAGCUCUAUUGCUUCUAAUGACGACAAUUCAGCAACCACAUCUUUAUCAGAUGUAACGUCUUUUGAUGAUAUUGCCCGCGCUUCAGGUCGUGCUGCAUAUCCUCGAACUCCCAGCUCAUACUAUGGUGCGGUUAUACCUAGUUCCAACUCCGAGAUCGACUAUUGGACCUUGAAGGAUUCUCAGGCGGAAGACCAAAACCUCCCCAAAGAUCGCGUAAGAUCGAUCGGAAGGGGAUCUUCUCCUGGAGAUGCUAACGUGAAACGCAUGGUCGAGGCGCAUCAUAGCCACUCUUUCCAGGUCAUCAGAAAGAAAAGUGACGAUGAGAUAAAUUUCAACAAUCGGCGGGCUUCACCGUACGCGAGUGCAGAUUUUGCUCCAAGAAGAGAAGCACCAAAACCACCUUCUGGUUCUCAGAGCUCUUUGAUUUCUUCAGGACCCAAUAGUACAACAUCAUCUCCCAAAGCUCAAAAACUCACGAAUAGACCGAGCGUCACACGCAAAGCUCGGCCCCCACCUCCCCAAACGAGUUGGAACCUUCAUGCCAUGGGCAUCUCAGGUGCGACAUCUAAUGGUUUGUCGAGUUCUCAAUCCGGCCCAUCUGAAACCCUCAUCAAUUCAUAUACUCCAGCUUCAACACAAGUAUUGGUGCCACAGCCAUACACGGGUGGUAACAAAGAAGGGAAAUCGGUUUCGGAAGAUGCUUCGUUGUCUACCCUCUAUAAUUCUUGGGUUGGCAGAUCAAAUACUCAGCAGUCAAGUGUGAACUCUCUUGUUCAAAUACCCCCUCAACUCUUCAAAAGAACCAGCACCAAGAGAAUCGUAUCCUCUGCUUCUGCUGCUGACGUCUUUGAUGAAAACGAUGUUUCCUUUGCCGAAGCACCUGAACUUUCGGAUCUUGACGGUACCGACACUCAGAGCGACUCAUCGACUGACAUUAUCUGGUCAAACUCUGCGAAGACUUCGGGCUCCAAAUUAGACACUGAUGUUCACAUUGCCGUACACUCUGCCAGCACCGAAGAUGUCAAUGACGAUGAUUUAGCAAAGCAGUUAAAUCUUGAUGAGAAACCCAUGAAAAAGGUCGAGGGUACUGUAUCUGACGAUCAAAUGACUCUCAGGCCAUCGCCCGAAAUUGUUUAUCAAAAUCUUGAACGAUUUUUCCCAGGUACUGAUUUGGAUAUACCUAUUGUCGAAGGUGUUACACCACCUGCCUCUCCGCAGAGCCCUAAAGCGUUAUCUCCAGUGAUGCCUACCCUACAAAAGGAAUCACCAACUUACGAGCCCCGAUCAAAAAGUAGCUCGAGGUUAGGAACACCACAGACAAUGAUAUCACAUACGGCUCAAGAACCCCAUGAGAGCUUAUCUGUCUCGUCCAAAUCCUUGAAGAUCCCAAAGCGAACGAAAACAAUAAGAACAAUUGCGCGAGAAGCGAGCGAAGCAAGAAAAACGUCUAAAACACGCCGUCUGGGAAGAAAGAAUACAAAAAUGUGGGGAACGCGGGUCGUGGAGGUCACCGAUAAGAAGAUGGUAGCAAUUAGCAAGUCAAAGAAUUCGAAUGGUGAGUACAAAGAAUUUGCUUGGAUCAAGGGAGAAAUGAUAGGGAAGGGUUCAUUCGGAUCUGUGUUUUUAGGCCUUAACGUGACGACCGGGGAUAUGGUGGCUGUGAAGCAGGUUGAGGUUCCUAAAUAUGGUUCGCAAGAUGAGACAACUUUGAAUGUUUUGGAGGCUCUGAGAUCUGAAGUCUCGACACUUCAAGACUUGGAUCAUGUCAAUAUUGUGCAAUACCUUGGGUUCGAGAACAAAAAUCAUUUUUACAGCUUAUUCCUCGAGUACGUGGCAGGUGGUUCGGUGGGUUCUCUCAUAAGGUCAUUUGGCUGUUUUGAGGAGGCACUUGUACGCUUUUUGGUGGUACAAGUACUAAGAGGACUAUCGUACUUACAUUCCAAAGGUAUUCUCCAUCGUGACAUGAAAGCUGACAAUCUCCUUCUCGACGUAGAUGGUGUUUGCAAAAUCAGCGAUUUCGGUAUCUCAAAGAAAUCCAGCAACAUAUACAGUAACUCUGACAUGACCAUGCGAGGCACCGUUUUUUGGAUGGCACCCGAAAUGGUCGACACUAAACAAGGUUACAGCGCAAAGGUUGACAUAUGGUCUCUGGGGUGCGUUGUUUUGGAAAUGUUUGCAGGCAAACGUCCAUGGUCAAACCUUGAAGUUGUAGCAGCAAUGCUUAAGAUAGGUAAGUUCAAGUCAGCUCCACCCAUUCCAGAAGACACAAAAAAACUGCUAUCACCUGAGGCUCGGGACUUCUUGGAUGCAUGCUUCAAAAUAGACCCUGAGGAAAGGCCAACCGCAGAAGAACUUUUGUUACAUCCUUUUUGCAGAGUCGAGGAGUCAUUCAAAUUCAGUGACACCAGCCUAGCAACGCUUAUCAGGUAUAAUGACAAAUGUAACUCCACCAAGCUGAAAACGGAAACUGGACGACAAGCACUUGAAAAUCGCAGUGCCUAA